CAGUGUUCUCUGUGAGCAGGGGAAUGUUUUGCUGAAUCGACGUGACCACAGAGCUCGAGGCACUCCCCCUCUAACUCUCUAUAUUUUCUGUGUCCCAUUUUCGCCACCACCACCUUCCACCGCAGUAGUUCGAUGUCCUGACCGGUACCUAUUACGUCCAGACCCCUCACCCUCAUCCUCCUCACCCACACACUCCUCUAUCUCCCUCUCUCUCCAUAUUUAUUGUUGUCUCUCUCCGUCCGCUGGCCAAUGACAGAGAAUGAACCCUGUGUGAUAGGAGGGAGGGGAAUGAUUGCCUCGGAGCUACUGUCACCGGACAGCCAAACACUCACACUAUUCAGGCUUGCCAAGUCAGAUCAGUUCCUCCCUACCCGCCGACCCCGCAGCACGCCGGGCCGAUCAUCGUUCUACCUCUUCCCACAGCGCCUAGCGAUUACCAUUAUCAGUUAUUGAUAUACCUUUUUUCAUCCAUCAUUUGUUGGAAUUUUUUUCAUCUGGUUCUCUCUUUUGUACCGUCUUGUGAUUUUAUAUCUUCAUUUGGAUUGUAUAUAUCGACAACAUGGCAUCGACGGCUGUUUUAACAGUCCCUUCCUUACAGGAACGUUCGGAUUUGAUUGCCCACCGGCCGGGAUUCAGCACGGCCUCCGUCGGGGGCAACAGCUCGUUCUCGCCGGCGACACGGCUAUCGCAUACCCCAACAACUACGGACUUCCAACCGCCGUACUUUCCCCCUCCCUACAACAUUCCCCAGCCUCAAUCCCAGUUGGAUUUCCACCACUCGCAUGUGAAUGCCGAUCCUUACUCUCACCUGAAUCCUAUACAUCCCCAGCCGCAACACCAAUACCAGCUGCAUCCCCAACAGAGGACGCAACACAUGCUUGGUCGCCGGGAUGAUGCCGAUCAUCUCCACCUACAACACCCCGGUAUGCAGCUCCCGUCGGCUAGGGACUAUUCAGCCGUACGUCGCCCCGAUGUUUUAGUACACGGUGGACCCCAUGGACUCGCUCCUGAACAAACCGAUCUCAUGCUACACCAUCCCACGGGUUUGCACCCCAUGGAUGACGGCUCGGUAAGUCUUGUUUUUCUUUUUUUUUUAACCUUCAGUCGUCGACUUGCCCUUUUUACGGCCCUUAUUCACCCUAUAUCCACCUUAACAAUGGAGCUACAACUUAAUCCUCGCUUAUCCAAUAUGAGCUACAUGUGCCUAGCAAUAAAAUCGAUAACCGAAAAUCAUUACUACUCGGGGAUCCAUUCAUCCUUUUGGAAAAGGAAUGUCAUUGAAACUAUUAGAGGAAACUUUCAACAAACAAGUUCUAACUAUACUCAUUUAUCACACGUUCAAACCAAGAAAGAUAUCUUUCAAAUGUAGAUAAUUAUUAUGUGAAUAAACUGAAAAAAAUAUUGAAUGAUAUUAAAUAUAUAUAUUAAAUAAAAUAUUGAAUACACUUUUUUUAAUGAGAUAGAUUUUCAGUAAAAAAAAUUAGGGUAAGGGGAAAUGAUUCAUAAUAGUUAUCCACUCAAUAUUUAUGACCAAUCAAAUUCUAGUUAUAUAUUUACGCCUGUAUGGUACUGAGAAAUUUGUUUAUAUUUCAUAUUACUUCGUUAUUGUCUGUUUAUCUCUGAAAAUCUGGAAAUAACUUUGUAUUUAGUUUCAAUUUUCAAUAUAUUUGUAUUGUUUUUAUAUGUUUCUCUGGAAUACAUGCUCGUAGGCCUACAUGGUAUUUGUAAAAUAUAUUAACAUCGAGUGAAAAGUCUGCAAGAUAUGCAAAUGAUGGUAUUCCCGAACAAACGGUAUUCCAACAAAAAAUGAUGGAAAUUUUCAGCGAAAUAAUGCAGAUAACAUCCAAGAAUUGGUUUUAAAAAAAGAAGCUAUUUUAUGCAGGGUUCUUCAAUAUUUUUCAUGGAAGAGAGCAAAGAGUAUAAUUGAUGAGAAAAAUACCCCAUGAUCAUUUCGAUGCGGGCAACUUACUACAGAAUUGGUCAAUGCCGUUCAUUAUUAGAAGUUAUUACCCUCUAUCCGUUUGGGGAGUAAUCACACUGAACAAUGGCCAAUGGACGGGGAUAUAAUAGAGGGGAGAUUGUAGAUUCGAGGUUGGGGCAUGGUUGAAAUUAUGCCCGUAUUAUUUUUGGUGGUUGAAAUUCACGACUUCAAUGUCAGAUUCAGGCAAAGGAAAUGGAAAGAAAAAAAAUACACUGCAGUAAAGGAAGAUUUUGUGAGUAGGGUUUACAUUAAUAAUUUCAGACAAGUCAUGAGUUUAUUUCACCAAACAUUCUAUGUUAUAGAACAUCCAGUACGAACUAUGCAAGAUGGUAUGAUAUAUGAUUUAUGACAAAUGGAAAACGGAUAUACCUCUUAUAAUAAUACCUGGAAUUUGUCAAAGGUUAUCAAAAUGUGUCAUUAGGGUUUGAGCUUUAUUAUGAGAUAUUUUGAAUUGUGAAAUAAUUUCCAAGAAGAUGAAUAUCAAAUCGAAGACUAUGGUCGGCAUAAAUUCUGCCAUUUACAAUUUUUAAGAUUUCCUGUGAUAAGAAAAAGCAUUCCUUUUGUCAUUUUAUAAUAGUUAUUCAUGAUCGAGAAAACAAAUUGUGAGUCUGCAUGACGCCAGUCAGUUUAAUGUCGUUUCUCUCAAAAUAUUGUAUUGGAUCAGUCUUACGACCCCAUAAUAUUUUAUGGUAAUAUUUUUGUCAGCUCAUUUUAUUUUAUGUAUGGAUUUCCUGAGUUAUAUGUUGCAUUCAUAAUCUCCAUGAUGCGAACUGCAACAAGCGUCAGGUAGGCAGAAUUAUUGACAUCAGCUAGGGCUCCCCCUCAUGGCGAUUAGAAGUUAGCUUGUCCCGAAAACGUUUGUGAAAAUAUAAUUUGCUUACACAUUCGUUACUAAUAGGCAAUAUUUACCAUCCUCGUUCGCGCUAUUUACACAUUUUAUGAAGGAUUUGUCUCGCGUUUAAACAAUAUCUUGUACAACCACUUGCGUUGUUAUGUAAUGAACUCGAGAACACUUAACCGGUAUGUUUGUUUACGAGGCCGAAAUCUAACCCUUUAGUUUAUCAUUAUGCCGCGUUUUUAUCGAUUUCUUAUAUGUUUUCAGUUAUCUAAGAUACAGUUCGGUUGUACUUUCAUCCGCCAUAGUCUUGUUUUUAAAUGUUUGAACAUUCCAAUGAGGUAGGAGAUUAAUAAGCACUUAUCAGAAAUUAACAUCUUGGUGAUUUGUAUGGAGGGUCGCUUCAAAUUUCUUCAAGGAUACAAACCAAUAGCAAUUGUUGAUUCUACUGCUCCGAAUGAUUAUAGAAAGGAAGGAUGGAAGAUGUUUGUCAAACAAUUGCCUGUUUACGUAAGGUAGAUGAUGUACUGUUAUUGUCAUUUGAUCAGAAAAUGCAUGAAUUGGAAUUUAGCAGGAGUAGCAAUUCUCACUGAAUAAUAAACCGAAACACAGACAUUAGGCCACUGAACAUCACUCUAUGCAUAUAGGUCCCAUACUUAUUUGCCAUUUUCUAAUUUUUUAGUCCAUAACCUCCCUUUCCCUGUCUCUGCUAACACAUCAUUUUAAAACGUCAUAAUUGUCUCCCUCUUUCUCGCGACUGAGUAAGCAAGAGCGGUCAAUACUUGAUAUUUUCUAUUUACAAUUCGGAUCAAUGCCUUUUUGCUUGCUAGGUUGAACAGUCAACGGUCUCUCGCUGCUUCCCAAAACGGGAGAAAAUUACCACUUUCCUUCCCAACUCUAGCUGUCCUCCUAAACACAUCGGCUAGCUAGGGCUGUAAGAAACCUGUGUAACCGGUGAUGAAAUGAACUGGCACGAAAGAGGUUGGAAAAAAAAUGAUUUGUGAAGCGACAAUAUUUUGAGAAACCAAGUUAAACUUAAAGUGCAGCUCAACCCCGACGCAUUUUCUCCGUUCAAUAUCUUGCCAUGAGAGUGAUGAGAAAAAAAUUCUCUAUUUCUCGAUCCCUCUUCUUUUAUUUUCUCUUUACUCACACGUGUACAAAAAAGUGAAUUCCCCGGUGGUAUGAAAUUUGUAAUUGAAUGUCCAUGGAAACGGUUUUCUGGUAAAUUUGUUAUGAAAGAAUGGUAAAUAUUGGGAGAUCCUGGUUGGGCGGAAGAGAGCUGGAGACGGGAGAAUGGUCGCCAAUCUCGUUGGGUGACUCUCCUUAUUCAGAGAAGAAAAUGGGUAAAAUAGAAUUACAGAUUACAAGCCAGCAUUAAACACGUUCAAAGUAUUGUAUUCUGGUCUGGAUAUUACUUAGAAAGGAAGAUGGCAGAGCCGUGGUGAAUAACCCUACACAUGUUUAAUAAAGCAGUAGAACAACCCAAAAUUAAGAAGAAUAAACCGAUACAUCCAUGUCUCCAAGACCACUAAAUUAAUGUAAAACUUGUUGAGGGAAUUUCAUAUCUAAUUCACACUGCCUUUCUUAUUAUUAUAAUGGCAAAAGAAACCAUUUUCGUUUUCGAAUGAACUCUAAAAUGGGCGCCAGCUUAUAGGUUUACAGUAUCGCCCUAAUUAUGUGAAAGUGAGUACAUUUACUUGAGUGUGCAUAAUUUCUCACCGACAACAUUAGAAGGGAAAGGAGGACUGGAGAAGUCAAAAUCACUCCCGCCAUUCAGAUGACUUCACACGAUCGACACGUAAAUGAAGCCCGCGCCUGGUUGUAAGUUAUCCCGAAAUAAAAACCUACCAAAAUGCUAGCUGUCAUCUUGGCAAAGGGGUUGAUAAAGCAGUUAAAGCAUGCCGUGUCAGUAUUAUCUUUCCUAUCCUCAUUCAUAAGUCUAAAUUUGUCGUGCAAAAUUAAGAGCGCGCUUCUGUCACCAAAACCUGAACGCGAAAACUCCCAGAUUUUUGUCGUUGAUUUUCGUAUAUAGGAGGCGUGUAACAGCAAGGAGGUAUAAUAGUAAUUCCUCCUUGGUAACAGGGGGUUUCUAACUAUCCGUUGAUAUGAUUAUUAUGCCGUUUUUACGAGCUGUGAAAGAAAUAAGUCACCAGCCCUUCGCGCCUCCAGUAAUUUCUGACGUUGAACUGUUUUAGCGAUGUCGCUAGAAACCCAAGGGGGUACGACAGUAUUGCCAUAAAAUUGUACCAUAUAUUGGUGCUGCCCGGCGCAGUGCCUUAACUAGCAUUGAGUUAUUUAUGUUCCUUUGCCCUCAACUAUUGCAGUGAUUACUUUAGAUGCUUGUAAAACAACAUAUUGUUGGGCAUGGGUGAUAUAUCAACUGAGCAUACACGGUAUACCGAUACUGUUUUAGGGGAGAGCGCUAGGAUUUGAUUUAUGGUAAGCGAUCGGGACGGCUGUUAAAUAUGACUUUCGCUCGCGUGGCAAGAAGUAAAACAAUAUGAUAAUGACAGGAUACCUUUCAAAUCCUCAUAACUCACCUUAAACUUGGAGGUAUCAGACACGUACCUCCAUGCAUUAAACAGGUCGAUGAAGCAAAAUGGAGGGGAUGGACGCAGAAUGUUUAUCUAAAUCACCGAGGAAGCUAUAUACUCUUUUUGUUUAGUUACAUAUUAGACAAGUAAAAGAUUUGAGCAUUAUAUGGAGAAUUUGAUUCGAGUUUAGAGACAGGAAAUGAAACGUUAUUUUUUUUCGUGAGGAAAAUUGAUUAAAUAGAAUGUGAAGUUAGAACGUGAAGUUUUGCCGGAGGUCAUUAUGUGCCGUUUACAGAAAUACUUUCAUUAUCCCCGCAAUGGGACCUUUGGCAACAUGUUGGGGCAUAUGCGAACCAUCCCCCAUCCUCAUAAUUACAUUCACAUAUUUUGUCGAAUGGUUUGUAAAUAGAUCAUAUUUUCACAUUUAAAUCUUAUGUUAUGUUACGAUAUUGUGCACAUGCCAUAUAUAAUGUGAUUUUGCAAAGACACAGGACUGACUUUGUGCUCCUUUUUAAGUUUAAACUUUAGUUAUACUUAUAAACAAGGCAUAUUGUUAUACUUUGGCCCCCAGGCGUGUCCGACCCCCCCCCCCCCCCCA